AUACACAAAUUCUCAGUCCGUCCUCAUAUACAAUAACGACAAGUCGCGACGAUAUACAGAAAUAGUUACAUCCAAGGAAAAUUUUUAUUUCUUCUCUUGUCUAUUUAUUAAGAUAAAAAUUGCGAUGUUGAUCUGAUUGAAACAAAAUAUAAGCAAAAGUUGUGGUGCUGCAAGACAAACGAAAAAAAAAAAAAAAAAUUAUCGCAAUCGUUCAGCAAGAUCAUUUUGCUGUAACAUUUAACAUCGCGUGUGUAGUGUAAUUGAAGUAAUUCGCAUGUAAUUUCCUUGUUACGAAUAUUUGUGCGUACGAAACCUUUGUCUACACUCAACCAUCACUAUCGAGCUUGAUUCAACGACACUAUAACAUGUACUAGCAUGAACUCUAUGGUUUGUUUUUAUGUAUACAAAAUCAACGAAAGUGUGACAAAAACAUGAAAAGGUUUUCAAUCUCAACAUAUAUACCGAAAGAGGGUAUAGAAUUCGGCAUGCUUAAACAGAAUGAAUCCAGCUUCCAGCACGAGCAUCCGACACACGGUCAUGAAGAUGUAUCGCACAGACGAUCCACCCACACCGCACCGGCCGACAAUGAAAUCACGAGACACAGACUUAUGACUCAUAAAAUCAUCAUCCGGUGGACGUGUCAAGGUGAAAACUCGGUGUGUUAACGAACAAGACUAUCAAUCGUUGAGCAAGAAUCAAACGACGACACGGACGUGGCCGGUUAUUCAUCGUAAUACACAUCAAUACGAAUAUGAAGCUUUAUACAAAAUAGACUCGACCAGCGAGUUGAACGCUUGUGAUUCGGAUCAGAGCCUGAAUAGUUCAACAAUCUAUUCGGGACUGACAAUGAAUGCGCAAACGGAAACACCGAACCGGGCGUGUUGUAUGGCUCCGCCGCCGGUAAUUUUUUUGUUUGUUACUUUAUUGGUAACUACCGGUACAACGGCUUUACUUUGCGGUGCCAUUAUGUCGGAUCAUUGGGAGAAUGUAACGUGGGAUAAAACAAUUUUAGAAAAACUUACACAUAAUAACACGACAAAUGCGUUAGAAUGGCAAUUGAAUGGACGGGUUGCGAUUGUAACUGUUCAACAGGGCGGACGUAGGGACAAUUUAUUUUUAGUACCCAUGCAUGGUGGUAUUUGGACACUGUGCAUCGAUAUAACCGAUUCAGAUAUGCGAUUUUUGGGACGAUCGGGAUUUCCCAAUACACGAAAGUGUGUCAACUACUUGGCUGACGAAGUAGUGUUGAGCGGUGACGAUUUAUAUCGGAACACAGGAUUUCCGUCAAAUAACCAUCCAAGAAUUCGUAUGCAAAAUUUGUCGAUAUCAUGUUCUCUGGUUUGUAUGAUAAUACUCGGUAGUGCCGCUUUAGUAGGAGCUUUUGGUGUUUGUCAACGGCAAAUCAGUGCAAUUUUAGUUACUGGAGUUAUGUACCUAUUAGCAGCUUUGUUCGGCCUGUUCACGCUCAUGAUCAUUUACGUGAAGCGUCAACAAGAAAUGCCCGACAAUGACUUUGACGGGACCAUCGAAGGAUUGAUUGCACCGAAAAGCGUAUCGCAUCUGGCGAAAAGUCUCUUCGAAGCUCGGAUAUUUUCGAAAUCGUGGAGUCUCAGUUUGGGAUGGUGCGGCGUAUUAAUGUGCUCAAUCACGUCGGGUAUGUGGAUUUUGCUAUCCAAAAUUAUGCGAUACAAUUCGUAUUCGUCAACGUAAAUCAAGGUGAAAAUUGCAUUUAAUUAUGAUGGAAUAAUCAGAGCGAGAAGUGAUGGGUGGGAAUGAAGAUUUUUGUAAAAUUUAUUUUUCUAAAACUGAAGUAAAAGCUUGAACAUACAUUUUAUUGAAAGGGGUAGCACAAGCCCAUGUGGAGAAUCGAUUGCUUUUUCUUUGAUCGAAUGAAUGGUUUUUGUAUCUUUAUCAAGCACACAAUUUUGUCUUUCUAAGUUAAGAGAGUUGCUUAAGAAAACAGCAAUUAUUAGAAUAAAUACACCGCUUUUGCGGUAGUGGACACUCUUCAUUGUGGUAAUAUGUA